AUGAAUCUGGUGGACCUGUGGUUAACUCGUUCCCUCUCCAUGUGUCUCCUCCUACAAAGUUUUGUUCUUAUGAUACUGUGCUUUCAUUCCGCCAGUAUGUGUCCCAAGGGCUGUCUUUGUUCUUCCUCUGGGGGUUUAAAUGUCACCUGUAGCAAUGCAAAUCUCAAGGAAAUACCUAGAGAUCUUCCUCCUGAAACAGUCUUACUGUAUCUGGACUCCAAUCAGAUCACAUCCAUCCCCAAUGAGAUUUUUAAGGACCUCCAUCAACUAAGAGUUCUCAACCUGUCCAAAAAUGGCAUUGAGUUUAUCGAUGAGCAUGCCUUCAAAGGAGUCGCUGAAACUCUGCAGACUCUGGACUUGUCUGACAACCGGAUUCAGAGCGUGCACAAAAACGCUUUCAAUAACUUGAAGGCCAGGGCCAGGAUUGCCAACAACCCUUGGCACUGCGACUGUACACUCCAGCAAGUUCUGAGGGGCAUGGUGUCCAAUCACGAGACAGCGCACAAUGUGAUCUGCAAGACCUCCGUGCUGGAUGAACACGCCGGGAGACCGUUCCUCAACGCUGCCAAUGACGCUGACCUUUGUAACCUCCCUAAAAAAACGACUGAUUAUGCCAUGCUGGUCACCAUGUUUGGCUGGUUCACCAUGGUGAUCUCGUACGUGGUGUAUUAUGUGAGGCAAAAUCAGGAAGAUGCGCGAAGACACCUUGAAUACUUGAAAUCCCUGCCGAGCAGGCAAAAGAAAGCCGACGAACCCGACGACAUUAGUACAGUGGUGUAG